AUGAGCAGGGUUGCCAGGAAGCUUGAGAGAGAUGCGAACGACGAGGAGGAUGGGAGCCAGUUGAAGAAGCAGAGACACGAGGAGGAGGAUGCGGAAGAGCAACAACACGGAGACGGGCAGGAGAGCCAAGCUCAUGGCGAUGACGUUGGGGAGGAAGAGGAGAACCAGGGGGACGAUGAGGAGGAGGAGGAGGGUAGGAUGGAGGUUGGCGAUGACAAUAAUAUCGAUUCUGCGCUGCUGGAGGCCGAGACUGCUGCCAGGGAACAUGCGUCGCAUUAUGGCGGGCAAGAGUCUGUCAAUGUGGAUGUCGGGACGGAUGCUGCCACUGCAGCGGUGACGGCGACUUACAACCAGUUGUUGCAGCACAACGCUGAGCGGGAGGAGGCGAACCGGCACAGCGGUGGUGAUGGUGAUGGAAGUGACAGCGGGCAUGACAACAGCCGUAGCGGACACACUGUGGAGGUGCAAUUGGAGGAUCCCACGGGUCCCGUUGACGAGAAGGGGCUUGGUGGCCCCCACGGCGAGGGGAAGGACAGCGACGGCAACGAGAGUGUGCUUGACGAGCUGAGUGAUGCGACGAAACGGAUCAUGGGUAAACGGGGCCGGAAACCCGCCGUGGUUGCCGGAACGGAGGCUUGGAAGCUGCAGCGGAAGGAGUCGCACAAGGAGGUCGAGCGGCGCAGGAGGGAGAACAUCAACACAGCCAUCAACAGUCUCAGCGACCUGUUGCCCGUCAAAGAGUCGAGCAAAGCUGCCAUCUUGACGCGCGCCGCGGAGUACAUCCAGAAAAUGAAGGAAACGGAGAACGCGAACAUCGAGAAAUGGACUCUGCAGAAGUUGUUGAGCGAACAAAACGCUUCGCAGCUGUCCACAGCGAACGAAAAGCUGCAAGAGGCACUGGGGAACGCCUUCAAAGAGAUCGAGUACCUGAAGAAAUUGUGUAAGAAGCAUGGCGUCAGUGUGGAGGAGGGACAAUUUGAUGAGACCGACUAA